UUUAAAUAACAACUCCGCACCCAUUAUUAUUAUUAUUAUUAUUAUGGCCAAAGAUGUAGUACCUCAGUUGGCAUUUGAGGUUUUCAACACCUCAACACAUUGUGACCAUUGGAUGAUAAAACAAAUUAAAUGUUUGGAAUCUAAGAGUGAGGAAUUAUGUACUGUGUAGUAAGGGUAAAAAUAGAAGAAACUGGCAACCGGUAUGUGAUAUUAAAUGCCAUUAUUAUUAUUUUAUUUUUUUAAGAAAAAAAGAAAAAGGAUUAAAGCUCUUCUUCUCUUCAAAACAGCUCUUCAAUUUUCUUCACAAAAGAAAUUAUUUUAGAUGAGAGGCUACAAACUCAAGGAAUAAUUUGAUAAUAAUCAAAGGUAAAUUUCUCUCACAAUAGAUAGAUCUCCCACACAUAUAUACAGUAUUUUUGUUUUAGUUUUCACUUAAAAAAAGUCUUUGUGUGAGUAGAUUUCUUUCUCUCUCUCUCUCUCGUAGUGUUCAGUGAUCAUCAACACCUCCGUCCAGCAAUCGUCCUUAGCUCCGACAAUCAUCGUCGGCCCUGUGAGUCGUCCCCUGCUUCGAUUUUGCUCCAGCUGCAUUUAUGUUUGGGUUUCUCGGCACCGAUCUUGCUAUAUGGCCAUCCAGUAGUUUAGACUAAUUGAACAUUAAUAGACUCUCUUUAUAAGCUACUCUUGGUUCCUACUCAUUAAACAUAGACAAUGAUGGGAGCACCUUUUGGGUAAGGUUUUUCUUAUUCUCUUAUGUCUUGUACAUCUUGUUUUGCCUGUUGAAUUUUAAGAAGAAAAAAUGGUAAAGCAAGGGAAGCAACUCUUUUUCUUAUUCUUGCUUUGCCUCCCAAUUCCAGAUGGACUAGAACAAAAAUUUUUUUGUAAAGUCUCACUCAUAGACAAUUAAUUUCGUUUUUGUCUAGAUUUGCUAGUACCCCAUUUAUGCAUUUCAUUUUUUCUCUUUUGUACUUAGACGCACUGAUGAACGCACAAGGUCACACUUUUCAAAAACCCUUUACAAUCAUGGUUUUUUCUCUAUGUAUAUCCUUAGUCACGCAAAUGCAACUUAGUUUUUUGUCAAUGUAAACAAACUAUCGUGGUUUUCUUUAACAUUAUUCUUAUGUAGUUUCAUAUUUUAGAAACUACAAUCCAAUGUUAUAAAGAUUACAGAGGCAUCUAAAAGCACAAAAGAAUACUUAAGCAUUAUGCCAAUUCCAAAUAGGUACCGCUCCCAGCCAAUUCCUCAAUUGGCUAGCCCCUGUAUCCAAGAAUCCCUUCAUCACCAUUGAUAUAACAUAUCGAUGAUUGAAUAGGGGCUGUGUGUAGAUAUUCAGGGUCAUAUAAUAUCAGCCCCUUGUCAUUUCCUGUUGUAGAGUGUAUUUUGAUGAUCGUAUACAAUUUUGCUAUAUGAGUUUUGUUCAAUUCUCUUGGUUUUGAUUUGGGUUUUUUGAGUUUUUCCACUUUUAAUGUUUCAGAUCUUUGAAAUUUGCUUUGUGUUUUUCACACUUUUCAAAAACCCAUUACAACUCGCUAUCAAAGUUUUUGACAAAUAUUUUUUACCCAUAGUUGAUCGUUCGUACUAACUCCUUUAAAAAUGCUACAGUGCAAUCUAUUAUUUGCUUAUUGUUGUAUUCUUUUCAGCACUAGUAGUCUAGUAUUCUUGUUAGAUUACAUACAUAUUGCCAAGCCACUCCUCAAGGUCAUUGUUUUUAUUUUAAUGGAAUUGUUUUCAUUUUUUAAUGGAAAAAAUUGUAAAGUUUUUCUUCUUUUCAGAAGCGCUCUUCAAUUCUGUUAAGUUUUCUUUGACUACGUUAAAAGGAUUUGAUCAGCCAUGGCAUAAUAAAACUGAAGGAUUGAUAAUAAUGAAAGGGUAAAUUUCUCUCUCUUCAAUUUUAUUCUCUUUUUGUUUUCUGCUUCUUCUUGUUUAUAACUUUAUUUUGGGUUAUUUUCGCUCAAGUUGUGAAGAAGAGUCUCCCUAAGCCCGCAUCGUCCGAGUUCAUCAAGUGAUCUAAUCCUCUGAAUUUAAAGUUUCAAUCGAUCUGUACCUAUCUCCACUCAACAAACUCCAGCAAUUUGUCAGGCUGCGAGUGAGUAUCUCUGAUCUUCAAGUUGUUGUUUGAGGUUUACUGUUUGUGCUAUGAACAUUGUUAGUGUUGUCUUUUUUGAGGAUUUCAAUCUCUAUUUAGAUUAUUAGUCAGUUAUACAGUAUAACUCUGAGUUCUAAAUUAGCAAUGUGUCUUCUUGAUUUUUUUUUUUGUUUUUCUCUUCUUGAUUCUGUGCUAUAUAAUUUUAAUUUAUUAAUGAAUCUCUUUACGGAACGAAAUACUAAAAUUAUGUUUAUUUGACUCUCAACCUUUAAAUGAGGAGUUAAUUAUCAAAGAAAGUGCUGCUUGUAUUUUAGAAUAGAAUUCUAUUUAUCGAUGUUUUCAACUCUAUUGUAGUUACUGAUAUUUUUUUGUUUUUUAUGGAGUUGUGGAUAUUGUCUUCUUCUUUUUUUUUUUUUCUUUCAUUGUUCCAUUUUUUGUGCCACUUUAUUUGAAGGAAAUAAUUCAACUUUUUGAAUAUGCCCACAUUCAUACAAAAGAUUUUACAAAUAAGACACAUGUUUUCGUAUUUAUUGAGGCCAUAUACUAGAAAAUAAGAACAACCGUAAUGUAUAACAAGGUUGUACAAUUUCUUUUCUGGGAAAAACUUACCUAAAAAAACCAAAUUUCUCAGCAUGGUGAAAAGUUUUUGCCUAAAGUUUUGUUGCCCUAUGCAAAUGAAUUCUUGACAGUGUGAUUUGUCAUUGUAUUUUUUGCUUCAUAUGCAAAAGACAUAAUAAUACAUAGCUAUUUUGAGUUUAUUGAAAGUAGUAGAAUUUCAAAAUGACAGAUUUAUUGGUUGAGAAGUGAAGUUAGGUUUCCUGGGGUAUGAAUUUUUGCUCCAAGUAUGGGCAUUCAAUGAAAGUGGCUUUUAUACGAGUUAGACUAUACUGAACAAUUCGGUAGUUGUUUAUUUCUUUGAGAAACCUUUUUAUUUAUGAAUGAUUUGAACCAAUAACAUUUUACUCAUUUCUGUUAGUUUUGUAUUUGUUCAUUUUUUGUACUAAUUCUAUUGAUAGGAAUAUAGUACAGGUACAUUAAUGCUAAACACUAAGGACUAUGAAUAUUGAUCAAAUUAUGAUAAGCUUUAGCAUUUUUACCAAAUUUAUAUUUUAUGUUGGUUGUAUCUGAAUUUAAAAAAAAAUGGAUUUUAUACAUAUCUUUUAAUUAGUGUCGCGGAUAUCAUAUCUGAUCGGGGUAGAACAUGGUUAGAAUUUGAGAUUAAAACAAGAAAUUGCCAAUUACGUAGGGAGGCUCUUUGACAUGUUCUACCUAAAUUGCGAAGAACAAAUCGGAGGAAACAUAGCUUUCGAGCACCAAAACAUGUAGAAGAGAGUAUAAAACAUUGCAGCUAGACUGAAAAGGGAAGAAAUUAAUAUUAAUGAUAUUGUUUUUUUUCCUUAACAUGUAAUUAAUUAUAUUGUUUUAUUGGUAAACUUAGUUGUGUAUUCCUUUUGAAAAAAUCCAUAUUUAUGUAGUUAUGCUUUUGAUAUUGGUUUAUUUCUCUUUUUCCCUCCUUUUAUUCAUCUACUUGUUCGUUUUGUCUUUUUCUUUUCAGUUGAGGCAUAGGUUGUAAGAAUAUCCUCUGUGGAUAGAUAUUUUCACAAUUGAAGAUAGUAUCAUAUAUUAUGGUUGAGAAUAGUGUUAUAUUAAUGACGGUUUCAAUUGGUUUGCUUGAAUUAUUUCUUGUAAAUGUUGUUAGUUUUGGGCCUACUUGUGUCUAUAAAGAUGGAAAUGCUAUAUGACAAAGUAUGUACUUCACCUUGCUUUUCAUUUCUCUUCAUGUUUUGUGUAAUUUAUGUUAUUUUUGAGUAUUUUAUUUUUUGGUUGUUGGUAGAUCUAAUUUGUAUGAAUUAUAGAUUUGUUGCAGUUAUAUAAUGAAAAGAAUGGGGGAUGCUACAGAUAGGGAGACAUCCUUUAUUUGUAGUCGAUGCUCGCCGGGUAGAGUUGUGUCGAUUAUUAGUCAGCUUAGCAGUGAGCAAAAAACUUUAGUUAACGAAAUUGGAUUUGGUAACUUAUUGGGUUUAAAGAAAUGUAAUUUGAAAAGGAAAUUGAUCCAGUGGUUGGUAGAUAAUUUCAAUGUAGAAGAUGGUUGUUUAAGAGUCCAUGGAAAAGUGUAUGAAAUGAAUAGUCAUUUAUUUUCAUAUAUUACUGGUAUUCAUGAUGGUGGGGAACACUUAUCGGAUUCCAAAUCUGAUAAUUGUAAUGAUGGGCGGAUAUUGAUCUCUCACUUGGAAGAGAAGUUGAAAUGCAACAACAAGACUGAUAUGGGGUUUGUCCAUCAGUUCUUACUUUUUAUUGUCAGUGUGUUCUUGAUGCCUAACACAACAGUUUAUGCGAGUCGGGAUUACGAGGCUCAAAUAUUAGCAUUGAAGGAUUUAGCCAAUGUGCGAAGAAUUAAUUGGGCUUCAAUGUCGUUUAAGUAUCUCGUGAUGGGUUUGAGUGCAUUCAAAAGAAGUAGUUCAAAAUAUGUUUGUGGUUGCUUGUACUUUUUGCAGGUUUUCUAUCUUCAUCAUGUGCGAUGCAGUGAAUCAUUUGUAGACAGAAGUUUAUGUCCGAUUUGGUGGUGGUCUGAUUGUGAAACUAAUAAUAUGAUUGAAUGGAUUGAUAAGAAUGGGGGAUUAGGCUCUUCGACAAUAAACAUGCGAGAAAUCUUAAGUGCAUUCGACAUGGAUAAUGUUGUUCGCAGCCUCUCCCAUCUUUGUUGUAGGGUUGAAAAUUUAGAGAAAGUUUACUUAGAAUUACAACCCAAUGUUUUGAAGGAACCUAGUAAAGAUUGUUUGAAAUUUUCCCGCUCUGAACCAUAUUUUACUAAGAGAGAGUUUGGAAUGGACGAUCAAGAUUAUCAUUGUCAUUACUUGAGGGAUUUCGAUCCUAUGGUUAUUGAAUCAAAUAUUGGAAGUUUGGUGGACAAUGACAAUAAAGAUUUUGUUAUGGAUGAUAUUGAGAAAAAUGAACAAAAAGACAAAGUAAACAUAGUUGAGAGACUAACACAAGAUAAGGGAGAUGUUGUGUCUAGUGUGUUGGAGUCAAAUUUUAGUAAUAUGAUUUCAUUGUAUAAGACCAGUAACGGUAUGAGGGUCGGUGCAUUUAAUUUGAGUCAUCGCUUGAGCGAAGAAGAAUUUUCCUUGGCGUUAUACAUGUUUGAUCCUAUACUAAGUGGAAGUGAGGUGUUAGUGGAGAAUCCACAGUUUGUUGUGCAAAGAAUACAUUUUCUAAGUUUAAGGCCACACCAUCAUGUCCAUCGAAAGGUAUGUGUUAUAAAAGUUUGUUUUUGUUAAUAUUUGCUGCAAAACAUCUAAUAUAUAUUGUAUUACUGAUUUUUUUGGGUUUUUUUUUGG